UUAUUGUUAUUGUAGCAUAAUUUUAUUUUAGAUCUUUAAUUUAGAUCUAGUCUACAGUCUAUCGAGUACAUAUUCCUAGAUGAGACUCUAUUUAGGGAAUUAGUCUAUCGUAAAAGAUAUUUUUUUUAAAUCGGUAUAUCUAUAUAGAUAUAGACUCCAUCUAGACUCUAGAUUCAAACUAUUUGUCGACCACAGACUACACUACCAGAGAGUUGAAAUGCGUGACAAUCCUAAUCUUUUUAAACCACACAAAUGAAACGUAUAUUUUGGGACAUGUAACUAAACUCUUUACAUACCGCAUGAUAAGGAUUUAAGGUGAAGCUGUUGAACCAAAACACAAGCCAUUUAAGAAUCAAACAAAGGUCGAAAGUGGUCAACUGAGUGUCAACAGCCAUGACAGAAACAAGUUUUGAUACAUUGGUAAAGGAAAUAGGGGAGGCUGUAAAACUAGAUGAUGACAGUCAGGUCAAGGAGGCAUACAAGAAAUAUGUUGUCUGCAUCUAUAAGAUAGCUACAAAUCUUGUUCUGGCCUUGAACCAUGCAGGUGGUGAUGUGAUAGUGAAUAAAAAGAUAAACAAAGAAGUGAAAUUAGCGGCUCAGUGUGUGGACAGAGUCGCAGUAUUGAUUGAAAAAUUAGAUAAAUCUCCCAAACCUAAGCAAACCAUGAAAUCCUUCACAGACUCAGUCAAGUCCAUCCUAAAAGAGCAACCUUUGAAAGCUUUCAGAUCAACCAAGCAAACAACAAUAAAGUCUGGAUUUUCAAAUAAUUUGGUUCCUUCUCUACCACCUGAAAAUAAUCCUUAUAUAUUUCGUGUGGAAAAAACUAGAACAUUGUCCCCAAUGGAGAUUGCUCAAAAACAGAAUCAGUCGCUGAUGGCUGCAUAUAAAGCUAGGAUGAACAGAUUGAAUAGAUCAGACUUCAAUGCUUUUAAUUAUAGUUUAACAAUUCAACGAAAGCUAGCAGAGAACAUUGCCAUAGCCAGGGCACAAGAAGAAGAGAUUGCUAGAAAGAUGCAAGCAAGGAACCAAAGGCUGGAAGAAGAAGCUGCCAAACGAUUUGCCACACCUAUUGGAAUGUCAAAAGCUGAGCAAGAGCAGAGGCAGAUCUAUAAGCGAAUAUUGGAAUAUGAAAAUGAAGCUAAAUGGUUGAAAAACUGGAGAAGUAAGCUAGAAGCCAGCCCAGAGGAUCCGAUUCUAAUCAGCCAACUGGUUGCUGAAGUACUUCGCUGUGCUGACCAUCCUCUGACGGUACUCUUGAAAAAGUACCAGCUUAAAAUCUAUGAGAGGUUGUAUCCCUUGGUGAAUGACAAGCAUAAAGGACUGGACCAAAUCAAAAUUCCACUUUUGAAAAGUGAAUGGCCAACGUUAGAUGAAGUUUCAGACAUUGUCUUCAAAAGACAGACCUCUUUACAAUCUCCAUCAGCUAGCCAAGAGAGAAAGUCUUUCACAGAUGACUGCCAACAAAAGAAUGGGGAUGCAGUGGAUGGUCCAUGUCAAGCUUCAGGCAUUGAUAGUCCAUCAGCUUUGUUAGUCAGAAAUGAAGAUGACUGGGAUGACCCUUUGUGUGUGCGAUCUGAAUCUAGUGAUUCUCUUAAAACUAUUUCCAAGGAUAGCCAGGAUUUAUUGCAAGCAAACAGUGAAGAAGAUAACAGCCUUACAUCCCCGAAAGAAAUUGGAGAUGAGAAGAAUGGUUCAAUAACUAUGGCUAGUUCUAGCAAUCAGAGUCCAUCCAAGUUUGAAACUGCCAUGGCUGAAUCUAAGCAAAAUUUAGAACUAGCCUUGCAAGAAGGUCAAGACUUGGCCAGCCAGUUAUCCUGGGAGAGGAGGCAGGCCCAGCUGCUGAUGAGGCAGGUCACUCAUGACUACAGCUCCUACAAGGUCGACAACUAUGAUGAGGAUAACUUGGAUUAUCUGUUUGACGAGGAUGAAAGUGGUGAGAAUUGUGGAGAUCUAACUCAGCAGUUCUGGGAGAGCCUUAUGUCUCACAGAGAUCACUGUCCCCCUGCAGGGGAUGAGAGCUCUGGCCAAGAUAAAGGCUCAACACUGGGCCGUAGUGUUAGCCAUCAGUUGCCUGGCCCACCUUUGACCUUUGAUGAUCCAGAAAAAACUUGUCACAGCUUGCCUGCGAGUUUUGAUGAGCCGGAUGGAGUGGAUGCUAAAACCUUUUCAAAAAUGCAUUUAGAAGCUUACAAAAGACACCUUGCUUCCAUUUCAGAAGAUAUUCACAGAUAUUUGGAGAAACUUUUAGUGAUGAUGACUAUAGCCUAUGAGCCUCUGGACACUCCAGUCGGAAGAGACCAGUGUGCUGUGUCCUUAGAGGAACCUUUCUUUAAGCCAAUUUGGAAAACACUUUUCAGACUCUUCAGAGUUGUCAACUACAAGCAGGAGCUGGUCCUGGCUAGCAUCAUGACUAAAUAUUCAAAUAUCACCCCUGAGGACCUGAAAGUGUCCAAAAAGCUUUGUUUGACAGACUCUGACACUCAGCCAUACCAGGCAGCUAUCACAGAAUUGUCCCAUGUCCAAGAUUACUACACAAUGUUGACUAAGCUGGAGUGUGUAGUUAAAGUGUGUCGCAUGAUCUGUGAGUGCGUUGAUGAAUAUUACAAGAAGAUUCAAGAUGGAGACGCUAGCAAGAAGAAAGCUCCAUCAUUGGGAGCAGAUGAUCUUCUGCCAAUCUUGAGUUAUGUGAUAAUUAGGAGUGGUCUCCCCCAACUGGCAGCAGAGUGUGAGGCUAUGACAGAGUUUAUUCACGAAGGUUACAUGAUGGGGGAAGAAGGAUACUGUUUGACAACGUUAAGAACUGCCCUCAAUUUUGUGACAUCUUUAUACCCAUCAUGCCUGACUAGCUAAUCAGUUUAUCCAUGGACCAAGACAGUUACCCAGAAACUUUACAAAUGUUAAAUCCCUCUUACAAUGUAUCAUAAUUUUUGUAAAAUGUUUGAAUUAUUUUGAUUAUCUUUGAUUUUCUUAAUGAAAAAAGUUAUUUUCAUAAACUGUUAGGUUAUAUAGACCAAGUAGCAUUUAUUUAUUUGCCUUUGUUUAUUUAUGUUGAUGUGAUGAGUUAUGUCUACUGCUUUUGAAUCUUUUGAAUCUGUUGGAAACUUGGAAUAGGGAUGAGUUUAAAUGUGUAUAUGACCUACCAAAAUGCAUUAGUUCAGAAGCACAUGUUAGAUUUUUUGCAGACGAAUGCAUAAUAUAUAGAACAACAACAAAAACAACACAAUAUACUGACAUUUUAAAAUGAGAAUUAGAAGAAUUGGAAAUGGAAAUCAAAUUUGAGCAUUUCUUUCCACCCAGAAAAAUGUCAAUUAUUAAGAGUAACAAAAAAACUAAAGUAAAUAAAAACUACUCAUCUUAUUCAUGGGAAACCACACAGACUCAAAACUCCAAAUGGUGUUAUUAUAAAUGAACAAUUAUCAUAAAAUCCCCAUAUUGAUGAAUUUAUUAAAAAAUCAAACAAAACAUUAGGGUUAAUAAAAAGAAAUGUUUACAAACAGAAACAUAAAACUGUAAUGCUAUUUAACCUUGGUUAGGCCAAUAUUAGAAUAUGUGUCCUAUGGUUGGGACACCUCAACUCAAGAAACUAGAACAAACACAAAAUAUAGCAGUGAGAUUUAUAACAAAGGAAUAAUCAUAUUUGAUUAGUGUAACAUCUUUAGUAAAAUCACUAGAUUUUGAGACUCUUCAGGACAGAAGAAAUUAAAGUAGCAAUAAUACAUAAAACAAUGAACAAUAAAUUACAAAUACAAAAAAUAAAAGCUAAUAAAAUACUACAAAAGACACAAAGAUAAAGGCACAUUCCUUAUUUCAUAUGCUAGGACAAAUUUUUACAAAGCUCUUUCUUCCUUAAUGCUAUUAAAGCAUGUAAUGAGUUGCAUAAAUCAGACAGGAAAAUCAACAACUUGGCACAUUCUAAGUCCCUGAUUAACAUGCAUGGACACAUUGAUAUGCCUAGGACAUUAUUAUCAUUCUCUUUUGAAGUAACAUCUGUAAUUUAUAAGAUGAUUUAAGACAUAAAGACAUACAUAUAUUUCUUUAUUUAGCUCUGUGAUGAAGAUUCUUGUUUGAUGUGAAAGAAACUUUUUUUUUUCAAGCUUUGGCUUGAUAGCACCAUUCCUGACAAAUGUUUUUUUUAAUAGUUAUCAUUUUGAAUGAAAGAGUAUUUAAAAGAUAUUAUUAGUUCAAAACAUUUUUUUAGUAAAAUUUUUCUUGGCAGUAGUUUUCUAUUCAUUUCAUACUUUAAUGGUAAUGAUGGCAGAGCAAAAUUUGCUAAGUCAAAACAUAGGAACUCCUAAAAGUGAAUGGCUGCCUGGUCGUGUGGUAUGUGCGCUGGACUGUUGUUUGGUUGUCUCAGUGGUCCAGUGUUCAAAUCUUGCCUGCCACCUCUGUCAACCUGGAGUUUGGACGAUGAAGUAGACUAUCUUCAACUCUGAAGGAACACCUGAAAGUGUAUGUUCUGUACAUAAUAAAAACUUUCAAUAGGUUAGGACUAUAAGAAGAGUUUAUAAACUGUUUUUGCAAAACAAUAAUGUUAUUUGCAAUGUUUUAUACUGCAGAAUUCAAUUGUGAAACUGUUCCAUUUGUUGCACAGAAUAAUAGAAAUAAGAAGGACUAUUAGAGAUUUGAAUAUGUCAAUGGAUCUAAUAAAUUAUUUUUAUAAGAGGCUGUGAUUCCAUUUUAUGUUUUUGUUUUUUUUUGGAAGGAGAGGAAAGGGUGUGUUUGCUUUUGUUUUCAUUGAACAAGUGAAAUGAUAUUUAUUAUAUUUAUGCAAAUAUUUUAUUUUCAUGAAAUGUAAGUACAUGAAUCAUUCAGAUUACUAUGAAUGAUAAAACUGUUUUUUUUAUAUUACUUAAACUUAAGUUUUAUAUCAGUUCCAAUUAUUUCAUUUAUUCAGUUCUAUUGUGUAUUUGAAGCUUUUUCAUACUAAAACUUAAUUGAUUCACCUUUGAGAGAAACUGUUUUUUUAGUUAGUCUAUUUUUUUAUGUUUUUCAUCAACCAUGUUUCAUUUGUUGUGUUAUCGUAGUGUUUUUUUUUAAGCAUGAAUGUAACACAGCAGAAGCUUUAAGUCUGGCAUCAGAAAAAAGAUGCAGUGAAAAGACUAGCAUGUGCACUUAACCAACAUUCAAACUAUUCAACUGAGGAGCUUUCAGAAAUAAGGGCACAAUAAACUAACAUUUUAUGCAUCCAAAAGAAGCAUGGUGGCUGAGUGGUAGAAUGCUUGGUUUCAACAUGAAGGGGCCAUAAGUUUAAAUCCAGGUUAGGAAUGAGAUUUUGAAUUUUGGGAUUCUUAGGACAUCCCUGAGUCCACCCAGCUCUAAUAAAUGCCUGACAUUAGACUGGGAAAGUGCUGGCCACACAACACCCCCAUUAAAUCAUUAGACUUUAAAGCAGAUGAUCUUUACCCUCUCAUGGAUCUCAAGGUCUGAAUAGGGAACCUAAAGUAUGUAAAUCCAUUCAUUUUAGGAAAUGUUUUUAUAAAAGAGUGACCUAUCUUUCAAAUUUACUAUAUUAACAAAAAAUAUAUAAUAAAAUAUACAAUAUUUGCUUGGUGCCCUGCCGUGUUUUCUGUAUUUUACUUAUGUUGUUU